UGUAGCCCCCUGGACGUUUUUAAGUGACUUGUUGUUGUGGUGGUAUUCUCCGUCUUUCUGUUCGCCAUGUGUGAAAAGAUCAACAAGGUGAACAGCUGGCUCAGCUCAGUGUUUGGAGAUCAGCCAGUGCCUCACUUUGAGGUAAACACCAGAACAGUGGACAUACUGUACCAGCUGGCACAGUCCAGUGAAGCCCGGUGCAGUGACACAGCUCUCCUCAUUGAAGACCUCAAACAGAAAACAGCUGAGUAUCAGGCUGACGAUGCUCAUGUCCGGGAUGUUCUUCUACAAGGCGUUGGUCUGUCCUGUGGAAGCUUGUCAAAGUCCACGUCUGACUACGUGUCUGCUUUAGUGGAUACUGCCAUGGUGCUUGGAGUCAGAGACACAUCACUGGGCAGCUUUAUGCCAGCAGUGAACAACCACACCAACGAACUUCUGGAAGCCGAGAAGUCAAACAGAAGACUUGAGCGAGAACUCAACGCCCUCAGGAAGAGACUUGGUGCUACUCUGGUGCUGCGGAGCAACUUACAAGAAGAUAUCAACAAAACGGUCAAAUCUCAGGCAGUGGAGAGCGCCAAAGCAGAGGAGAGACUCCUCAACAUGGACUUUGUCGCAGCAAAGGCUAAAGAGCUUAGCCACAGACGGGAGAGGGCAGAGGCUCAACUUCAAUCCAGGAACAUGGACAAGUCCCUCACACACCAGGCUAUUGUGCAGCUCUCAGAGGAAGUCACUGCGCUGAAACAGGAAGUAAUCCCUUUGCAAAAGAAACUGGAGCCUUAUAUGGACUUAAGCCCGAGCCCCUCUCUUGCUCAAGUGAAAAUAGAGGAAGCAAAAAGAGAAUUGGCUGCAAUUGACUCAGAACUUGAGAUGAAUGUGAAUUUCAAGUGAAGCUGUUGGUCCUGUUGAAAUCUUUCCUGAUUUUUUUUUUUUUUUCUGUAUAUUUUUUUUCUUAAUCUGAAAAAAUAAUAAAAACGUUCUAAUUC